GACGUAACAAUCACCUUGAACUUGCACUGAACGACGACCCGGGCGAUAGCUGCUCAUCGUCAACGACAACGGCGGAAUGCUCAGAAAAUCUGUCUCGAAGGCGUUCGGCCGUUCAAAGCGGUCUUUUCACUCCACCGCCGCGGCGCGACGGGUCGUCGCAACCAACCCUGUGAAGGCUGAGGAAGUCAAGAACUAUGCUUCGGGCAACUAUCCGCUGAUCGAGCAUCAAUACGAUGCGCUCGUGGUUGGUGCGGGCGGUGCCGGUUUGCGAGCUGCCUUUGGUCUCGCUGAGGCUGGCCUCAAGACUGCCUGCAUCACCAAGCUGUUUCCGACUCGUAGUCACACUGUCGCUGCUCAGGGCGGUAUCAAUGCAGCACUUGGAAACAUGACGGAGGAUGACUGGCGAUGGCACAUGUACGAUACGGUUAAGGGCUCUGACUGGCUUGGUGACCAAGACGCCAUCCACUACAUGACCCGAGAAGCCCCUCACACUGUCAUCGAGUUGGAACACUUCGGUGUGCCUUUCUCGCGAACCAAGGAGGGCAAAAUCUACCAGCGAGCGUUCGGCGGUCAGUCGCUGAAGUUCGGAAAGGGUGGUCAGGCGUACCGUUGCGCCGCUGCCGCCGACCGUACCGGUCAUGCGCUGCUCCACACCCUCUAUGGCCAAUCUCUCCGACACAACACCAACUUCUUCAUCGAGUACUUCGCACUCGACCUGAUCAUGGAGGGCGGCGAAUGUGUCGGUGUCAUCGCCCUCAACAUGGAAGAUGGCACCUUACACCGAUUCCGCGCGCAUAAGACUGUCCUCGCGACUGGUGGUUAUGGUCGUGCGUACUUCAGCUGCACGAGUGCACACACUUGCACCGGUGAUGGAAACGCCAUGGUUACCCGUGCUGGCCUCCCUCUCCAGGAUCUGGAGUUUGUGCAGUUCCACCCUACCGGCAUCUACGGUGCUGGCUGCUUGAUCACCGAGGGUUCUCGUGGCGAGGGUGGCUACUUGCUCAACUCCGAGGGCGAGCGUUUCAUGGAGCGUUACGCCCCGACUGCGAAGGAUCUCGCCUCUCGUGACGUUGUUUCCCGGUCAAUGACCAUUGAGAUCCGAGAGGGUCGUGGUGUUGGUCCUGACAAGGACCAUAUUUACCUGCAACUCAGCCAUCUCCCCGCUGAAAUUCUACACGAGCGUCUCCCCGGUAUCUCCGAGACCGCUGCCAUCUUCUCUGGUGUCGAUGUCACCAAGGAGCCGAUCCCUGUGCUUCCUACUGUGCACUACAACAUGGGUGGUAUCCCCACCAAGUACACCGGCGAGGUCAUCACCGUUGACGAGAACGGUAAGGACAGAGUUGUACCGGGUCUGUACGCUGCCGGAGAGGCGGCUUGCGUGUCCGUGCACGGUGCCAACCGUCUUGGUGCCAACUCUCUCCUCGAUAUCGUCGUCUUCGGUCGUGCCUGCGCCCACCACAUCAAGGAGACUCUCGAGCCAGGCAAACCUCACCGCGAGAUUUCUCCCGAGGCCGGCAUGCAGAGCAUCGAGUUCCUCGACCAGAUCAGGAAGGCCGAUGGCCCUCAGCCGACUGCCAAGAUCCGUCUUGACAUGCAGAAGGCCAUGCAAGCCGACGCUGCCGUCUUCCGGACACAGUCCACCCUGGACGAGGGUGUCCAGAAGGUGCGCGAGAUUUACAAGCAAUACGACCAGGUCGGCAUCAAGGACAGAAGCAUGAUCUGGAAUUCCGACCUUGUCGAGACCCUUGAGCUCCGUAACUUGCUCCAGUGCGCCGUCCAGACUAUCACUGCGGCUGCUGCUCGUAAGGAGUCUCGGGGUGCGCACGCCCGUGAGGACUUCACUGAGCGUGACGACGAGAACUGGAUGAAGCAUACUCUGACAUGGCAACACGACGUCAACUCGCCAGAUGUCGAGAUCAAGUACCGCGGCGUUAUCUCCACGACGCUCGACGAGAACGAGUGUAAGUCGGUGCCGCCGUUCAAGCGGGUGUACUAGAUAGCAGCGGCGAGAGGGGGCCAAAAUUCGACACUCGCAUGUUCUGUGUCUACACUAUGUAAACCUUCCAACACGUAUUGGGACUUUUUUCGAACAUGAGACAGGGUCGUGACCUGCAGUACAGUCGGUUGGGAGGACGACCGGGUUCGUCGUGCGAAGUAUUCAGGUCUUCGAUGCGUUCGUGCGAUUGUCGGUCUUGAGCAGUCUUGAGCAGGCGACUUCGAGUGGCGUCCACGGGGCGAAAUGCCAAGUAUUCAUGAAACGUGAACGUUUGAACAUCGUCCACCUAAACCCUGCCGAUCAGGCUACGGUGUGGUUCGAGUCGGUUUCUCUACCUGUCACACUCACCGAAUCAAAACCACAUCGAGACCGAGAAGCUGACGGUCUCGCUGCGCAUGGCGUGCCACCAACCAGGUGGGAGGAAUAGGAGAUCUCCCGGGUUCAAGGUCGCGCUCAUAGCGCGUGGAACGGCGUUUCCCCAGAAGUCUUGCAGUCGUUCGUCGUUGGGAUCCGUCUCGGACGGAGCUUGCGAGGAGACAUCGAAGACGUCGACACUUGAUGUGUUGCUCAUCGUGGGAUUCAAUGAGUUGACGGCCGGAUUGUGAGGGGGCUGCGACGACACGCCGGUGGGUGAGGAGGUGGUGCUCGGGGGCGGAUAGGGCAGCAUGUGAGCCGAGACGGAGGGAGGCGCGACCCAGACGGUCUUGCUACCUACGACCGUACAGGUUGAAGUAGGGAUCCGUAUGUGCGGGUGAUACGGUGCCUUUAGGCCCUAGCCAGACGUUGGUCACGAGUUGAUCCUCAUUUGUGGGAGGCUCGUACCCGGGAAAGUCUGGAGUUGGAUCCGGGGACGCAUAUACGUAGUCGGGGAUUGCGAUGUCGUCCCGAAGGCGGGGGAACUGACGCAAGAGGUUGUACUGGGCGAGGUACGUGGGGCUAGCUUCGUCGGAUCGGCAUAGAGCGUCCAGAAAGGCGUCGAAAGGGAGGAUCUCCUGCUUCCAGUCGUCUGCGCGAUAGUCGUUGCCAACCUCCACGGGGACGACACGUCCUGCACCCGAGAUGGAGCGCAGAUACUGGGGAGAAGACCACGGAUGGUCGGUCAAGGCGGGCCAAUCUUGCACGAAACCGCGUAGAAUGAAUGGCCCGGAAGCCCAUCCCUUCCGAAAAGCGCUGAGAGAAGGUGCUUCUUCGGGCUCGGGGAUGCCCGCUGCAGCGCUGGGAAGCACAACAGAAGGCAGACGUUGGCUGUCGAACGAGCGUUCAUAGGGUUCAGUUUCC